AUGGCGUCUUUGAAUAAAACACUUGAACACGAAAAAAAUAAGAUUUUUGGUCUUCAAAAAGCAGAAUCACCGGAGCACAACCAACAGCGACCACAGAACAGGUUCUGUCUCAACCGGGAAUCACCGGAGCACAACCAACAGCGACCACAGAACAUGUUCCGUCUCAACACCGGAGCACAACCAACAGCGACCACAGAACAGGUUCCGUCUCAACCAGGAAUCACCGGAGCACAAUCAACAGCGACCACAGAAUAG